AUGGCUAGAAAACGUGUGAUAGAGAAAAAGAAGAAGUUAGUUGAUGGCGCAUUACUUCGUGCAAUAAAAAGUGGAGUUAUUCUAACUUCGCCACGUCGUCGUGUGCAAACAGUUUUGCAUCAAGCACCAGUAUCAAAAGUUCAAAAGAUCGUGAAGAGAGGUGUGAAAAUUGCAAAGAUAGCGAAAGGUGUCGCGAAGCCAACGAAGAAUAACAAGAAAGAGAAGACCAAAAAACAAGUGACAGAGAAGAAGGCGGCGAAAAAGGGAAACGACAGAUUGGUGCCAAGAGACGGUGUGCCGAAAUACAAGGAAAAUCCGUUUUUCACAGAUGCAAAACCUGCUGAAUACAUCAGCUCACACACCUAUCAUCGCUGGCUUAUUCGUGCGAUUCGGCGAGGAAAUUUGAAUGAAAUCAAAGAUUUUUAUAAAAGUCAAAGGUAUUUUUGCUAUCAAUUGUUAUCGAAAACUGGAGCGUUUCUAUCAUUGCUGCGGUAGUCCUUACGCGUUAUAACUGUGCAAUCAGCAGAUCCUUCUCCAUCUGGAAUUGAUUGACUAGGCCCACGUUUUGGCCCCAUUGGAACAACUAUUGCAUUAUUUAGGGUUCCUUCAUAAUUCUUAGAGAUAUACGCUUUAUCUCCAACUUUCAAAUCAUUCAACUUUUGAGCAGGCUUGUUGUCAGACAUCUGCAAAAAACACAUUAUUCAGAAUUUAUCAAAAUAAAACUGCUGUGUUUAUUUCUUUCUUGAACACCCUUUUUAUACCAAAACUUUUGGGCGGGCUAAGCAAUUUUUUGAAGAUAACUACGAUAAUAAAAUGGGAAAAUAAUAAAAUUAGUUCAUUAUCAAAAAAAGUCAUUAACCGUCCUGAAAACUGAGUCAUGUGAACCAUCUGAUAAGAAAAAACCUAAAUUUUUGCAGAGCAUCGCAAGCUUCUGCAUACCAAUCAUUCUCCAAACACAGCUUGAUCACUGCGCAAUAUGAAGCUUGCCGCGCAAAAGACAUCAAAAUCGCCAGUGAAGUUUUCAAAGCGGCCAAGAAGAUCGAGCACAAUCCAGAAUACAAAAAUUUCCCUGAGCCAAAUCUAUUGAAGCCAAGACAUACGGGGAGAUCGAAUUUUUAUAUGAUCGGAAGAGCGACUCGAGCCAUCGAAUGUUCACGGGGCGGGAAAGAAGGGAAUAACGCGUUGUUGAAUUAUGAUUAUGAGACAAAUUACCAAGAUUUGCUUGAUAAAUUGGUUCAAGAUAAUACACCGUAUACUAAGCUAUAUCAAUUGUGUAAACUUGAAGAGUGUCGUGAGUGAAAACCCCCUUCUUAUUCAAAAUUCAAUUCGACAUUUUUUUCAGUUCUCAGCGAACCAUCUUUGGAGAGCAAAUUAGUUGUGGCGGUUCGUCGAGGACAUCGCGAAUUGGCUUCAGCUUUUGCUCAAGGCGCUGCUCGUAAUCACACCAAUGAGUUGCAUCGUCAAACGUUGAGUGGCGACAAACUUGGUGCAAAAAUCCUACCAGUCUCAGUCAUCAAAAAAUGUUUCAUGAAUCGCAACAUCACUCCACUUCACACCGCAGCCAUCGGAAAAACCAGCAAAAAUCUCGAAACUCUUCGAGCCGUCUAUCCAACCAUUAAUAUUCCCGAUCAAGAUAAUUGGUAUACAAUUCAUUAUGCGGCUGUUGCAGAGACUUCGGAUAAUUUGAAAUUCUUGUUGAAGAACGGUGGAACUUGCACAAUGGUGAAUAAGAAACAGGAGACACCAUUGCAUGUGGCAGCGCGUGCUGGAAGAGGCGAAAAUAUCAAGAUCAUAUUGAAAGAGAUUCUAGAUUUGGAGAAGGAUGGAGGAGAGAUUCGAGCAGAUAGAAGCUUGGUAAAUGCAAGAAAUCGCACUGGAGUUGCAGCCAUUCAUUUGGCAGUUAUUCAUAAUCAUCCAGAUGCAGUGGAAGCCCUUCUUACCGAGGAAACUGUUCUCGUUAAUUUGCCCACUUCAACUACUACCAACAAAGCGACGCCAUUGAUGGUGAGUGAAGAUCUUUCAGAAUUUUCCAGCUAUAAUUAUUUCCAGCUCGCCGCUGCUCACGGUCACCUCGAACUCGCUGAAAAACUCAUCUCAAAAGGCGCGCUCAUCGAAGGCAAAGACAAGAAGAAGCGAACUCCAUUGAUCUACGCGUUGAUGAAUGGACAAAUCCACGUGGCGGCUAUGUUAUUGGCUCGCGGAGCAAAUGUCUCAGCUGCUGAUUCAUCCGGAAAUACUACCGCGCAUUACGCCGCCGCCUAUGGAUUUUUGGAUGGUUUGAAAUUGUUGGCUGAAAUUGAUGCGGACAUUCUCAGCGAGGAUAAUGAUUGGGCACUUUACCCAUUAUCGGUUGCGUAUUUAAAGGGACAUUAUGGAAUUGUGACGUGGCUUUUGGAUGGUGUAUACAAGGAUAAAGUGAAUAUCAAUGCGAAAGAUAAUUCGGGAAUGACGCUUUUAUCAUCACUUAUCAGAUAUGCUGAUGAAGACAAUCAUUUUCAACUUGUGGAUCAGGUUAAAUAUCUGACAGAUCGUGGAGCUAAGGCUGAUUUGGAGGAUAGUGAUGGGAACACAACACUUCAUCAUUUCUCAGCAAUGUUGGUGAUUUUGAAAGGAAGCGGUGGAAAUCCACGAAAUGAUCGAUUCCAAAUGGAUGGCAAGCAAUACAACAAGAUUUUCGAAUUACUUCUUGAAGCUGGCGGAAAUGUUGAGGCGAAAAAUGCGCAAGAUCUCACACCAGUUCAUCUCAGUUUAUCAUCAGGAAAUCUUGAUCUCUUCAAAAUAAUGCUCAAGAAAAUCAAAGAUCCGAAAACAUUGUUCGAAAAUUGGGCAAAAGAGAAGAACUUUUUACACGAUAUUCUUUGCUUGCCAAUGAAUGUCUACAAUAAUACGUUGUUAUGGAAGGCGGAAACUUUGAACAAACCAGUUUAUGAUAUUCUUCCGAUUUUGAAAGAUCUCUACAAGGUUUUUUUCAGUUUCUGCUUUGAAUCUUGGAAUCUUGGAAUAAUAUUUUUUUCUAGAAAAUCCCCGAACUCUUCCCAAUCUGGGUCAAUCAACCGGACAAAUUCGGGGUUUCUCCAAUCGUCGCGGCUGUCAAAGAAUACGCAAAAUUGCAAGCUUUCGAAGAUGGAGGAUUACAGCCAGCUCGGGUAUGUUUUGUAGAAUUAGGAAAAAAAUUGAAAUCCAAAUAUUCAGACUUUUGCGCAAUCUAGAAAUUGCGGUGGCAGACAUCUCUUACAUUCUAACUCGAGAGAACUCGUGGUAAUAUAUUGAUCUUGAAAUUUCCCUUGUGUUGUGUUUGAGGCUCUCCUUUCCCCACUACAAAAUGAUCUUGAUUUUCCAAAAAAAAUGAUAAUUUUCAGAUCUUCAUCGCUACUGUCAAUGAGGCGUUUGAAUGGGUGAUUCGAUUGGAUCCCGAACAAUUGAUCAAGGAUUUCAAUCCAACUCCAGAUCCUGAACAAGAACAAGAACAAGAAAAUCAAGUGAAGAUUCCCAAAUCAUCCCUAGCAAUUCACUCAAUGCAAAUCGCCAUUGAAGAUUCGGGAAAAAAUGCCGAAAAUCAUCUAGCAUUCUUCAAACUUCUUGUAAAACUUUCGAAAGAGUUCAACAAACUUGGCGAAUUUUUGAACAAGACCAAUGAUGAGGAAUAUUCGCUUGUUAUUGCGGCGGCAGUUUUGAUGAAGCCAACACUUGUUGAAUAUAUUUUAGAUGUUGCCAUCGAGAAUCAUCUGGUUGAAAUUCAUCAUGCGGUGAAGAAAAUGGGAGUUUUUGAAGAUGCCGAAAGAGUUGAAGUCAACAAAACUCUUCCAAUGCAUCUUAUCGAAUUCGGAAUGGCUGAUUUAGUUCCAAAAAUCCAAGCAUCAUUGGAAUUCUGGAAUCGUUUUGAUACACGUGGCAAUAAUAUCUGGCAUUAUGCUGCUAAAGUUAAUAGCCACAAUACUGUCGCAUUAUUCAAAUUCAUUGAGGGAAAAGGUGUGCAAAGAUGUGUGAAUAACAAGGGAAGAACUCCGUUGCAUGAGGCGACUUUGGCGAAUGAAGGAUCAGCAAAUGCUGUGUUGGAACCGAUUGCUUGGCUGUCGACUAGAGAUGCUGUGGGACAUGUUGAUGAAUUCCAUCGAACCGCUUUGCAUUAUGCUUUUGGAAAUGAGAAAGAAUUCCGGAAAGAUAAAUUGGCUUCUGCGGAAAGCGAUCCUAUCGCUGUUGUCUCAUUGUUAUCUUCCGCUAUGAAUCCAGCAGAUUUGGAUAUUGUAGAUAUUGAUGGAAAUACAGCUCUUCAUUUGGCUGCAAUGAGAAAUGCAACAAUUUGCACAAUGGCAUUGAUCAGAAAGAAAUGCGCGAUUGAUAUCAAAAACCAUGAUGGAAAUACUCCUCCUUGCUCUAGCUGUACUUCUUGGAAGACAUUCUACAACUUUAACCUUGAUUCAAGCAAACGCUGAUGUUUUGAGUGAAGUUAAUCAAAAAUCGAAGAAGAAAGAUGACGAUUCGAAAAAUCAAACCGAAUGGUAUUGGUAUGGUGAAGAAGAGAAGGUGGAGAACGAUUUGAAGAGCAGUAUUCCGGCACAAGUUGUCAGCAAAGGUGGAAGUUGGGAAGCGAUGGUGUAUGUUUUGCUGGAUGUUUUGGGAACAAAUGUGAAUUCGAUGGCACAAUUGAUUGAUGCGGCGAUUCGAAGAAAACAGUGGAAUUUGGCGAAUCAAUUGUUGAAAUCGGUCGAAACUAUUUUGGAUGGCAAAGUUUUGAAAAGCGAUUAUGAUUUGUUGAACACUUUUGCCGAAUUUUGUUUUGGAGAAUUGAAAGAUGAUUCAAUCGAGAAAUCAGUUCUCGAUCGAAUUGUUCAAACUCGUGGAUUAAGUUUGAAAUCGCCAGACACCGAGAAGCAUGUGAAAACAGCAUUGGAAUAUGGAAAUUGGAAUGUCUUGGAGUUUUUGAAGGUACUAUUUUCAUUAUAUUGAAUUUUAGAAAAAAUUUAAAUUAUUUUUAGGAAAGCCUUGCUGAUCAAUGGAAAAACCUCGGUGCGAGCUCACCAGAAUCCAAUCCAAUCAGAUCUUUGAUUAUUUACAUGUCCAAAUCUGGUUGUACCAAUCAAGCAAUCGAAUAUCUCAACAAAUUAGCAAAACUCAAAAAUUUGAGCCUUAACAGCCCAUGCCUUUUUGAAAUUCCAAAACUUUACAAAGAUGUUGAAAUCGGAUUAUUGACACCGCUUUCCUGGGCAGCACUGAUUGGUAAUAUUGGAAUAAUCAAAGCGUUGCGGCAAGCAUCGGCAGAUUUGAAGACACAAGAUGAAUAUGGAAGAACUGCGUUGAUGUAUGCAUUGAUGUCAAAUAAUCGAAGUGUUGUGAUCUCAAUUGUUGGAGAUCUGAAUGUUGUUAGCUUCGGGAACACUGUUGUGAAAAUUGAUGGUCCCAAAAAGACAAAUGGAUUUGGCGGAUUGUUUGGAGCGAAAACCAUGGCUGUUCCAAUGAAACCACCGGGAGCUAUGAUGUCAGUCAAAGCUGUGAUGAGCCCGUUUGCAAAUGUUGAUAAUGAGUCGGAGAGUGAAGAUAAUAGUAGCGAUGAAUAUUCAGAAGAUGAUGAACCUGUGGCAAAGAAAUCCAAGAUUGAAGAGGCAGUUAUUAAAAAUCAAUGGUUGAAUAUCAAAGAUCCAGCGGUAAUUUUAAAAAAAUUCUAUCAUUUUCUUUAAAAAAUCCCAAAACUUUCCAGGUUUUCCGACAAAAAGACAAUGAUGGAAAUAAUGUUCUCCACUACAUGAUCGAACCAUUUGCCUGGGAAAAUAUCGAACUUCUCAAUGAUCUAGCGGCUGCCAAUAAGAAAUUGAUUCAGGAUUUGAUUUUGGAUGGAACUCUUGAAUUGGCUGCCCGAAAUUUGAAUCGCAAGAUGAAGAAUGAGAUGUUGAAGAUUGUCAAGGGUGUGAAGAUUCAGAAAAAUGUUCAAAAGUGAGUUCCAAAAAAAAUUUGUAUGAAGAAUAAAAAAACAUUUUUAGCAUUCCAUUAACUCUACCACCUGUGAAUUUCGCUAAACCAUUAAGCAAUGUUGACGAAGAUUGCGAAAAGUUUUUGGCAAAAUGGGCGAAAGAAAAUGACAAGAAAUUGACGGCCGAAGUUCCGAAACCGCACCGAAUCUCGACUUAUGAAAAAACCGGAUUGGUUGAAUAUUGCAAUGAUACAAAACAGUACUUCAAUGUUCUGAUGAAUAAAACAGAUCUCAAUUAUGGAAGAUAUGGAUUCCACAAUUUCUACAGAAUGCAAUUAUUCAAGAGAAGAGAUUGUGAUUUAUGGAUUUUGUUCACAAAUUGGGGAAGAAUUGGAAUGGGAAAUGGAGAACAUCAGACAACACCAUUCAAUAAUCUUGAUCUUGCGAAGAAGGAAUUCAAAUCGGUUUUCAAAUCAAAAAGUGGAAAUGAAUGGUGUAACCUGGAUUCAUUUGUUGAUCAACCUAAGAAAUAUCGAUUAGUGAGAUCUGAUUCAACACCAACUUCAUUGACUGAAAUCGAGCUUCCGAAAUCAGCAGAUAUGGAAAAGGAGAAAGAUGUUAUUAGAAGAUUUAUCGCAGAUGUUAGUAAUGCUGAAAAACUGAAAGAAUCAAUGAGAAAUGUUGGAAAGAAUCCGAAACAACCAUUUGGAAGAUUCACAAAAGAUCGAAUCGCAGAGGCUAGAAAUGUGUUGGAUAAAUUGGAGAAAAAUGCGGAGAAAAUUCAAAAAAUUGUUGGAGCAAAUGCGAUUGAUGAGGCGAAAUUGUUGGAACUCCAUUUGAUAACAGUGAGUUGUUUUUAAUUUAGAGAUUUCUAAUUGUUACCUCAAAAUUUUCAGAACGAUCUCUCUAGCGAAUUUUAUUCCCUGAUUCCAAGUGGAGAAUUCGAAUUCUCCGCCCUUACUCGCUUGGAUCAAAUCGACGAUAUCAAUCGUCAUCGCAAAAAGUUGAAUCGCUUCGAAGAAAUCGAAACAGCUACCAGAUUUUUGUGUGGAGCAGCUUGGAAAUCAAACGAAAUUGAUAGAUUGGAUUAUAUCAAAUCAGCGAUCGAAUGCGAUUUCAAGGAAACAUCCCCAGAUUCACCAAUGAAUCAGAAGAUUCUUCAAUGGAUUUACAACAGUGGAUUGAAGAAUUCAACAAUCCGAACAAUUAUUGAAAUUGUUCCCAAAAAGGCUAGAGAUGCUUUCGAACCAUUUUUAAGUGAUGACAAUCAAAAAUACCUUUUCCAUGGAACCCAAGCCACAAAUAUCAUGAGCAUUUUGAAAAACGGAUUUUUGAUCGAUCCACCAAGUGUAUGCAGAAAUGGAAGUUUAUUCGGAUCAGGAAUCUAUUUAUCGGAUAGUUUCGAAAAAUCUGCACAUUAUUGUCAUCAAUCAGCUGGAAAGUUGAAAUAUAUGCUGGUCUGCCAAACAGCUCUUGGAAAAGUUAAGCAAACUACAACUAUUGGUUAUCAUGCUCAGCCAGCUAAAGAAGGGGUAAGCUAGUCUUUUCUGGAAGUUUGAUAAAAAUCAAUAAUUUUUCUAGGAUGAAAACACCCUUCACUAUAUCGGCGAAAAUGUUCCAUCUGGAAGUUUGACUCACGAAGGAGUUGCUGUCCCACUUCUUCCACUCAAAAAACGCGAAGACGAAAAUGAAACUCAAAAUCGCUGGAAUUAUGGAAGUCUCGCGUAUUCCGAAUAUAUUGUUAGAGAUCCAAAUCGCGCACUUCCAAGAUUUAUAAUUGUUUACAAUUAG